AAUAUUCACACAAGCAAGUCUCGAGACAACAAGGAAAUAGGGGCUCUUGCCCUUACUGCAGGGAAAAAAAGAUGCAGAGAAACACCUCCAGAACCCACUUGUGAAGGCAGUAUGGGGAAAAAUAAAAAAAAAGUGAAAACAACUGACUCAGUCGAAAAAGAAUAUCAAAAGACACAAAUACAAAAGAUACCUCUACACAAUAUCUCAAGUCAGAGUGAAAAUGAUAAGACAUGCCAGAAAGAUGUGAUAAGCACUGCUUUAACCUGGGACGACAAGGUGGAGCAAGACUUACAGGUGUUAAAAGACUGUAUGAACAUGCAAACGGAGGAGAAUACAGAAGAAGAACACAUACCAACAUAUAUAUCUAGUGAAAUAGCCAAAGUAAACAAAGAAACAUCAAAACAAAGACAUGUUCUAAAUGAUGACUGUGCAGAAAACACAGAUAUCCUGCUUGAGGAAAAAGGGGGCUCAGAAGACUCAAAAAGGAUACUCUCACCAGAUAUGGAAACUGAAUCUACAGAAAUACAAGAAGUCUCCAAGGUAGCAAUGAAAGAAAAGGUGAAAACCCAUAAGGAAAAACAAACUUCCGAGCCCACAAAAGAAAUAGAAACCCCUGAGCCCACAAAAGAAACAGAAACAAGAGAAAAAGGCAAUAUUCCCCCAGACAUUAUAGUGCCCAGAGACGAAAUUACUAUUUUAGGCUAUGACUCACAUUCUAGCAAUCCCAAUACUAGUGAUAAGAGACACCCGCAUGCAGAUUUAUUGAGUAACCCUGCAGCCACCAUGAACUAUAUGGUUGAGGAUGACUUUAUCCCGGUAUCAUACAGAAAAAUGAAUAGCCAAAAAAAGAAAGGCAGCAUAUCGAAUGCAAUAGGCAAUGCAAGAAAUGCUCCUUAUGGAAUCCAGAGAGGACGGGGACCCCUUCCCAAAUCCUAA